AUGGAAGACGCAGCGCAGUGGGUGCCACUCGUUCCGUACUUGCAUCAUGGCGGAGUGCAGGUUCCACUACAAGCAGCCCUGCCUUCGUUACUUCCUAUCCCCAAGGCCGAUAUACCUGAGCAUCCUCCGGUAGCAACGUACUCCUCCGAUACUUCGAUCCAGAAUCCAGAUGCUACGCAAGACGCCCACGACGAAGCACUCAUUCCUACCAUCGAUAUCCCUAUAACCCAUCCUUUGCAACAAGACUCGUCUGAGCAGGCUUACACAUCUGGCGUUGGCGUAGAGAGCUCGUUGAGCGAGAACGAGGCAGAAAUGAAGGGCAGGAAACCUGUUGCCGCCGCUGGGGGCGCAUUGUUCGGAUUAUUCACGUUUUCGCACUUUUACCAGGAUUUCCUGUUCGACAAGUUGACACCCGGGGAUGAGCGCGCAGAUGAAACCGAAUGGGUUGCAUCGUCCAAAUCUUGGCUAGAUCGCAAAGCGUGCAGUUGGUUUGGAAUAUGUGGCCUGGCGCAUCUAAACCAAGCACACUGGACCACGGCAGCAUCCGACACACAAGGCCAGACGGUUAUUAUAGAGGAGUCGGACAAGACCAACCUGAACGACUUCUGGAAAGAUGCGCGGAACAUUCCCGCAGACUACAAGCCAGAUCCCGAGCUCGAGAUCCCACAAUACGUUAUAGACCAUGCGCCUCUGAUACACCUGUUCUCGGGAGAAGAAUACUGGCCGGGAGAUAUGGCUGAUCACUUGGUGCAUACGACGCCUCAUCUGAACUACACGCCUAUUCAAGCCCAAAGCGAUCACCCGACUAUCAGCAAUCUUGGGCAACUUAACAAGUGGGGAAGAUUCGUAUACCUCCAGAGCGAUGACAAUGUAGAGGAUCGCCCGGCGUGGUUAGGUGCGGAUUACAAUAUUCCGAAUGUACCAGGAAACGGAGACGACGAUGGCGAUGACCCGAAGCAUGAUGGUGGAGCCAAAGGACAUCUUACAGAAGACAGAGAAAGCAAGAAGUCGCGUUGGUGGCACGUCGGCAAGGGUGAUACCAAAGGGCGAGGUGGCAUUCGACCUGACCCAUCAACUCCUGGAGGGCCCAUUCCCACCAGCACACCCGAGGGCGACGAACUUAUCGACGACACCGAUGAUGAUGACAGGUAUUGGCGAUCAGAACUGCGCCGUGUGCGCCGCAAGUACAAGGGCAAGAGGGUCGUUGGCGGGCGUAGCGAUGCCCCUGUGCCAUUGGUCGUGGUAGACAAGGGCGACGGAGUUGUCGAUGCUUUUUGGUUCUUCUUCUACAGCUACAACCUGGGCAAUGCAGUCUUUAACGUGCGUUUCGGUAACCAUGUGGGUGACUGGGAGCACACGGUGGUCCGGUUUCACCACGGCGAACCAAAGGCAGUGUUCUUUAGUGAACACAGUUUUGGUGAAGCGUACGCCUGGGACGCUGUAGAGAAGAGUGGAAAGAGGCCUAUCGGCUUUUCUGCCACAGGGACCCACGCCAUGUACGCGACUGAGGGCACUCAUCCGUAUGUUCUGCCAGGUGGCAUUCUGCACGACGUUACUGAUCGUGGCCCUCUCUGGGACCCUGUGCUCAACAUGUACUCGUACAAGUACAACUAUCGGACGGACCGGCUUGUCUCAUCUAACCUCAACCCCGUCGCGCCCACAUCAUGGUUCUACUUUGCUGGCCACUGGGGCGACAAAUUUUACCCACUUAGCGACCCCCGACAAUACCGCUUCUUGGGCCAAUAUCAUUACGUCAACGGGCCGUUGGGGCCUCGUUUCAAGAACCUUGGACGGCAAGAGAUUUGUCAAGGUAAUGGCGAAUGCACUCUUAAGAGGCGUGCUGGAGAGAGGUCGCAUAUUGUCAAGUCGUGGUCCGACCUUGGCGAGGGCGAGGAGAUGAGCGAAGAAGACGGGAAACGCGUUUUUGGAGUAGAAUAUGAUUCUGCAUCUUGA